CUUCUCACUUUUCAAAGGUCGAAAGAAGAAACAGCCACUCUUGACGUUUACGGGAUCUAAAUAUGAUCGUAAACAUAGUUCGUUCCGGCUAGCAACCUUAUAUUAUUUAAUGCUUUUAAUUUAUGUUUUGAAUGAGCAAUAAAUUGUUAUGUUUACCUUUAACACUCUUCGGCUGAGUCUGAGAAUCUGUAGGAAAAAUGUGUAUCGAUCGAAUUCAACCAAGCUGACGUUUGCCCAAAGCAUGUGUCCUCAAGAAUUUUGUUUAGAAUCAUAUGAUUGUAUUGGUUUUGAUCUAGAUCAUACUAUUUGUCAGUAUAAGUUGAAGCCAUUAAUUAGUUUGAUCUACAAAACUCUCGCAUCUUUUUUAAUUGAUAAAUAUGAUUAUCCCAGAUGUCUUGCUUCUGCUACUGAGGCCGAAAUGGCAUUUGCUCAGAAAGGGAUUGUUCUUGAUAAAAGGAAAGGAAAUUUCCUUAAACUUGAUAAUCAGUACAAAAUAGUAAAAGCUAGUCAUGGAACUAGACUCUUGUCAGAUGAAGAUAUAUGUAAAAUUUAUGGAUUAAAUAGAAUAUGGGAAGAAUCAAAAGGAAUUCCACAUAAACUGGUUUCUAACACUGCACUAGACGAAUCAUUUUAUGUUUUCAAAGAUUAUUUUGUUACUGCAGGAGCUGUUAUAUGUGCCAAAAUUGUAGAUAUAUUAGAUGAAAAACAUGGAGAGCCUGCUGAGGAGUAUCAUUUUUGGGAACAUUUCUUGGAUGGAUUAUUUUACAUGUAUGAGAGAAACAACUUCAAAAACAACAGUGGUGAAUUCUUUCCAGAUUUAAAAAAAUAUCCUGAUUUGUAUGUGGAGCCAUGCAGUGAAAAUGUUAAGAGAUGGCUAAGGGAAAUAGCUAAACACAAGAUUACCUUCUUGCUGACAAGCUCCAAUUAUGAUUCUGCAGCAUUCCUUGCAGAACAUAGUCUCGGAAAAGACUGGAAACAAUACUUCGAUAUUAUAAUCACAUUUGCUCGCAAACCAGGUUUCUUCUGGAAAGACAAACCAUUUUGCAUAAUUAAUGAAAAUACUGAAGUUAGUGGAGUUAAACCUGAAGAUAUGAAACGCCAUUUAAUUUAUUCACAGGGAAAUUGGAAGCAUCUGCAAGAAGUAUGUUCUAUUCUUAGUAAAACUAAAGAUCCAAAAAUGUUGUACUUCGGUGAUUCAUUGAUAGAAGAUGUGUAUGCUGCAUCAGAAAUUGCACGAUGGGACAUUGUAGCCAUUGUUGAAGAAAUGUUGGCAGAAGGAAUGGAUAAUGUUCAAGAACUGCAUUCAGAAUCACAGACCUUAGUGUCAAAAUAUUGGGGAUCGUUUUUUGUCAGUGAGGAACGUAAAGGAAGUCCUAGUUUAUGGACUCAUCUUCUCUCUCAAUAUAGCAGGCUAACCAUCCCUAAUUUGGGUUGCAUAUCAGGAGUUCAAAUGCAGGAUAAAAUACCAUGCUUUGGCAGUGAUAUGCUUUUUUCUGGUUUCUUUCCUGGUACACCUAAAGCUCUAGCUUCUAGUUAAUAUUACUUAUUCUUAUCAAUUGAUUAAUUAGAUGUUAUAGUUUGCUCCUGGGAUUUUAAUGUUUGCUGAAAUCAAUAGUAUAUUUAAAAUAUAAUUUAGUUUUUAGUAAGUGUGGAAUAAGUGAAGUUGUAUUUGAACUCCCCAUACUGUGUGCCAUGAUUAUCUUUAAAGUUAGUAAUUUAAACUACAGCCUAGAAAAUAUGAAGUUGCUUUAGAAAUUAUUAUUGCAAUCAUAAAAACUCUGUAGACAAUUCAUAAUUCAUUUAGAUAGAAUUUUAAGAUUUUAUGUUUUUUUUUAUCUGAUUUAACUGAAUUAAUGAGACUAACUUUAAAAGUUAAAAAAUAUUAUAUUAAAAAAUUAAAAGAAACUUCAGAUCAUUAAAUAAUGUAUAACUAAAAGUGAAAAAUAAAAAGACUGGGAUAUUUUACUUCAGUAUUUAAAUAAGUUGUUUAAUUUUCUUUAACUUACACCUAUAUCUUAAUUUUAAGUAAAUAGCAUUUAACUUUCAUAACAUAUUAAGAUUUAGAGAAAAAUUUUAAAAACUUAUGCAAUAUGUUGCAUAUAAAGUGUUAAGUGCAAUAUGUAGCAUAUAAGUGUAGCAAAACUUUCAUGGCAAGAACCUUGCUGGUUUAAAUUACAAAGUUUUUACAAAAUAAUUUGUGUUAAUAAUUUUCCUUUCUAAAUGAAGAUGUAAUUUUUAAAAGAAGCAGUUUUUGUGAUCUUUACUUAAAUGGGACAAAUUAUCAUUAAUUUUUUUUAUUGUAUUUCAUAUAAUACUUUUAGACAUGGUAGUAAUAUAUUUUGAGUGUUCUAAUCUUAUUUAUCUCAUUAGAUAAUAAUUACUGCAAGCUUUAUCAGUUGUAUAAUUUCUAUAAAGAAGUUAAGGAAAAAUAUUUAUUGAAUUUCUGAAUGGCCUUAUGAACUUCUAGAUUGUUUGUCAUUUAAGUAUGUCUUGAUCAGUGACAUAUUAUGAAAAUUUUGCAUAUUUUUAUAUCAGAAGAAAAAUUAUAAUCUUGAUUUUUCCCCCUUAAAAGCUGCAAAUACUUGUGAGGAUACAUCUCAGUAGUCAUUUGUUUGUUUUCUUAAUUCACAUACAUGUGAUAUAUGCAGAGUAGCUAUUUGAACUGUAAUUUAAUUUUCAAAUAUGUCAUUAUAAAUGUUAACAUUUAUAUAAAUCUGGCUAAUAAAUUUCACUAAAUUUAACAAAUUUGUUAAUUUUGAUUCCAAUGCUUUUAUAUAUAUUUUACUGUUAAAAUGAAAAGUAAUUUUUGUAUUGAAGAGUUUUAAUAUUCAUGACUUUAAAUGUGUUUGUAGUAUUUUACAGUAUGCAUCCAAAAACCUUUUUUAUUUGCUUAUAGUGCAUAUGUAAAAUAAUUAUUUCUGAGUAAAAGAAAAAAAAAAAAAAAUUCACUGUAGAUUUUUAAAAAGAGUAAAAUUUUAUUUGUAGUACAUCUGGUGGUAAUUUUAAUAAUUUUAAAGAUGUUAAACUAAUAACAUUAAAUGGGUUUAUUUUUUUCGGAUAACUAAUGAGUUCUGUUAACUGUAUUGUUUAUAUUAAUUUUACUGAAACUGUAAAAAUUUUUAUAGUGAUAUUGAAAAUUUGAUUUGCUGUUAUUUAAAGAUUUAUAUAUUUGGAAUUGAUUAAGAAACUGACAUUUUUAAAUUUUAAAAGCAUUUUCUGGAAGUUUAAACUUUUAUGUAUCAAAUUGAUUAUGUGUUGAACACAAUUAAUCUGAUACAUAAAACAACAGAAACAGAGAUUCUGUUGCUUCUGUGUAUUUUUAAUAUAUACUUCUGUGUAUUUCUUUUUAUAUGCUAGUAAUAUUCUUAAUCAUUUUAGAAGUAAGCAUUUUUUGUGCUAAUUAAAAUAAUAUCUGAGCUUUAACUGUUGAAUUAGUUGAAUCUUUUGUUGGUCAUUAUAAAAUAAUGUGAGAAAAUUUCAGCUUAAGUGGAGUUAAUACUUACUAUUAUCACAUGGAAGUUUUUUCUUAAUAUUUUGUCUGUUUCAUUUGCUUUUGUUGAUGCUAUUUCAUUUAACUACUUGCUAUGUUACCCUCAAUGAAUUAAAAAUGUAAGGUAUAUUUAUUAUCGUAGUUUACUUACUGCAAUGUACACCUGUAUCGCAUACUAACAUUUUUAACUUUGUUCUUUAUUGAUUGGUAUAUGUAAAAUUUGAUUCAUGACAAUUUAGAAAAUUGAUAUUUAAGAAGUGUAGUGAGAAAAUAAAUUCUUAUACUUAUUUACAUCUAGGACUGAACUGAUAAAAUAUUAUUUUAUUUUAUUUUUAGUCUUACUUUUCAUGGCAAAUGGGUGAAAUAUUUUGUCACAUAAAAGUGAUAAGAUUACUAUUUUCCAUUUUAAUUAAAACAGAGUGCAUUCAUAUAAUUAGAUUUAUUAAUUUUUUUUUCAAAUUAAAAUAUAGUCUUUCAUUAAAGUAUCAGUUCAUUGCAUCCUGAUAGGAUGUAGUAAUGUACAUAAAAAGGUCAUUAAUAAUAUAAGUAAUAAAUAAGUAGAUACUGUAGGUAUGAAUUUACCACUUAGUGUUAUAUAACCCAGGUUUUUCAAUAUUAUUGAUUAAUGACCAUUUAUCUGAUUUAAGUUAUUUUUCUAAUUUUUAAUGACAGAAAAAAAAAGAAAUUGUAUUUUACUAUUUAAAAAAAUUCAAAGAAAUGCAUAGUUCAGUAUUAGGUCAUGAUGAAAAUAUAUAUUCAAGAAUUAAUUAAGAAAAAGGAGUCCAAGAGAAGAGGAAAAAAAUCUGUCUUUCAGUGUAGCAUUCUCGAUGUUGAAUUUUGAAUUUUAUAUUACAUUAUUCAUCCUUGAUAGUCAGAUAUUUGCAGCUUUCACUGAUUUAUUUUUUAUUAUAUAAUUUUCUGUUAGAAACCACUUCAUUUUUUAAAUGCUUCGAAUCCUAGUUAGAAAAAAAAUUAGGAUUCAUUAUACGCAGAAAGGAAAAGGCUGAAAUUCAUGAAAAUUCGCAAGAAUUUUUAUGUUAUUUGCAGCAAUAUAAUGCUUGACAACUGUUUAAAUAAAGUUUAUUAAAAGCACUUAAAUUAAAGAUAAUGCUGUAGCAAGCAUUAAUUUUAAGUAUAUAAUAAAUAUUAUAAUUCAGUAACUUUAUAGGUAUUGGGUCAUUCUACAAGUAAUAUGACUGUUUCAGAAUAAAUUUUAAAGUAGUAUUGUAGUUUACAGCUUGUUCCCAACGUAAUUUUAAAUAUUAAUUUAUUUCAAUUUAUUUAUUUUUUUUUUUUUUUUUCAAUUUCCUGAUAACAGAAGCUGCUGUGUUUUAUUCCAAAGAACAAGUUUUUUUUUGUGCAUCGUAUUCUGAGUUGAACAAUUUUCUAUUGUGGUGGUUUUGGAGGUUUAAAAGAAAAUUGUAAUCUGAUGGUACCUGGUAAGGAGAUAUAGUGGAUGAGGCAUAACUUCUCAUUUUUUCAUUCAGAUAGUCUCAAGUUUUUCAGCUUCAUGUUGUGAGAAAUCAUGUACUGGAGGAAUGCAGUAGCAUGCUCUCUUCAUCAGCUAAUGAAGAUUUUUUCAUCAGUAGGUUAAUUCUGUCAGUUGUUUAUAUUAGUGUUAUUUAGUUGUUGAUAUGAUUUUCAGAAAAUUCUGUACAGUAUUUGUCUGUGUAAUAAUUGUUUCAUAUCAGUGGUACAGUAUUAUCUUCGUUAAAGAAUUCUUCCUUUAUCAGAUAUUGUCCAUAUCAAUCUUGCAUCUUUUAUAUCUAUGUUGUUAAAAAUCCAUUUUUUCAUGACUAUUCAUUACAGAAAUGACCGACUCAGAUAGGUGAGAAAUGGAAAUUUCCAUUCGUUGUUUCAAAUUUAUAUCAUACAUUUCAUCAGGAAUUCACUAAUCCACUUUAGAAAGGUUUCUUAUAAAUUUUAAGUAUCAGUAGUCUGUUGAAGAGUUAAUACAAGCUGUCCACAGAAUUAAUUACUGUUGUAUGACCCAAUACUUUUAAAAACUGAUCAAACUUUUAAAAACAAUCUCAAGUUUCAAGAACUAAAUUUUUUAUGUGUUUAAAGAACAAAAAAACGGAUUUCCACUUUCCAAACGUCUGAUUAUCCCAUCUUUCCCUUCUAAUAAAACAUCUUUGAUGUAUAACUUUAUUUAAAUGAAUGCACAUUCAUGUUUCUAUUUUGAGAAAUAUGUAAAUGUGAUCUAAUCUUUGCAACCACGUUUUGACUUAGUACAAUAAAUAUUGUUAAAAAGUAUAAUUUUGAUUUUCAGGAGUGUGAGGGAAAGGAAACAUGUUAUUAGAAGACUAGAGAGGAGAACAUUGGUAGUCUUUAAUUAAUUUACAUGUGUGUUAGGUUUUGAAAAAUCACUUAUGAUUCAUUGGAAGUAUAAGCAUUAUAUUGUUCAUCUUAUUUUGUCUUUAAGGUAAAUAUAAAUAAAAUACUUCUUAUGCAUCACUGUUUUUUGGGGGGGAGAGAGGUAGGAAUUCAUGUGACAUAUAUGAUUAAACUCUUUGCUUUUAAGUAACCCAUAUACUAUAAUCAGAUAUUAUAUAUUUAUUAAAUUGUAAAUGUAUAUUAUUAAUGGAUUUUAAAGUCAUAGUGUAAUUACAAUUAAUAAUUGGUUAGGAGAUUAGUAAUCUAUAAUUUAUGAGGGAAUAAUUUUUUGGAACACUGCGACAAUAUUAAGCUCAUUCUGCAUGAGAAAAAUAUCAAAUUUACCACUCUUUAAAGUAAGUGUUUGUAGGUGGAUUAUUUAGUAAGUAAUCUGUGGUCUGCUUUGGAGAUUUUAGAAUUUUCUACUUAAUGCUUUUAGAAUUAGGUUAAAUGUCAUAAAUGUUCUCUGUUGGAGUUAAAGUUUUUUUGUAUGGAAUUCAGUUUGAAUCAUUAUGUUACUUUUGCUUGACCAUUUUCAAGUAAAUGCAUAAUUUUGAAAUGAUUUUCGUUAGGUUGAGUCCUUAUAUUAUUUCAGCAAAGAGAGAUGUGAGAAAAGUGAUUUUGUGCUUCCACAUCUGCAGCAGUUCCUAACUUCUGCUGCAGAUAAUAUUUAUAUAUAUUUAUAUAGUGAGAUAUUUUCAUAUAUAGAACACCUGGAAUGUUAUGUAUAUUUGUAAUGUUUUGCAAACUUGUAUUUAUUUAAAAUUGUGUCACAACUGACCUGUUGGAAUUAAACAUAUCCUUAUAAAUGUUU